UAUUGUAUGUGACAUCCACAUACUUCACUUCCCAGAAUGCCUUUUGGUACAUUCAGCCCCCAACUGCAACCUUUGCCUGGUAAAACUUAAAUCACGGGCGGGAGAAGACAGAGCCAGUCGGUUGGUGAAGUCGUAGCAUUUAAAGUUUUAAACCGAAAGUUGGAAAUUGGUUUUAAUCGCUGACUCGUUUUGCAAUGAGUUGAAAUCAACGUUGGAUUGUUUUUUGGGGUCGAAGAGGAGGCAAGAUAUAUAACAACGGUAACGUUAUCGAGUCAACUUAACGUUACCAAGGAGAGACGGGAAAGUGAUUCAACAGGUCGGUUUGUUCAAAGUUUAACGAUGAUCAUGAAGGGGCAGAAGCGUAAACUCCCACCAGAGGACGUGCAGGUUUCAGACCCGAGCAGCCCUACCUGGGAGAGCCAGCGCCAGUUUGUGUUCUCAGUUUCCCUGAACAAGUAUCAGCAUGGCCAGGAGCUACCUGAACCCAGCCUGCGGCGGUCUGUUCUGAUAGCCAACACGCUGCGGCAGGUCAGCCUUGAGGCUUGUAGGGCGCCCUCUGUAGACAUGAAGGUGCUACAACCACUUUGUAGCUCUUCAUCUGACCACCAGGAGAGUACUUUUACUGGAGUGGCUCUAGCAAAAUAUCACUCUGCAGUGAUGCUUUCUAACAGCCACUCGGCUCCUGUCAGCUGCCCUCUGGUUUCUUUGAAUUACUUUUCAAAUAGUGCUACAAGUAGGUCUCCUGCAACUUGCCACUUAAGUGCGUCAAACGUCCCUCAAUCUGUAAAAGACGAAGAUGAGGACUGGGGAAUGAUGUCCACGGAAUCUGAUUUCUCCCUUUCAGCUGCCAUCUCCUCCAUUCUCACUGCACUGGACUCUACCAUUGACGGGAGCCCACAGGCAGCUCCACGGACACCUCUCAGGUCCUUGGAGAACCUGUCAGGGCCCUCUGAACAGGCAGUCAGAGGUAAUGUGGGAAGCUGGGAGCAGCACGAAGAGUGGAGGUUGCCGGAGAACACCGUGGAAGUGAUGAGGUCCAGCUACCUCAGUGAGCUCACUGUGGAGGAUCUGUUCCAGGAUAUAGACACAUCCCUGCUGGAGAGAGACAUGGGAGUGCUUGGGCUCCGAGGCAGUGGAAGUGGAUACCAGGCUGGGGAUGAUCUCUUACGGUAUCUGCAGCCUUUCUCCUCCUCCUCCUUCCCCCCCUCAAACCCCUUCUCUCUCAGCCAGAAUCUAAAGUGCCUGCCUUCGUUCUCUUCAUUCUGCCCGUUGUCUUCCUCAUCCUCUUCUUCGCCAGCCUUCUCUAGUCCCAAUCUUGUGAGAGAAGGACUCGAGCUGGAGCAUCUGAUGGAGAUCCUGGUUGAGUCCUGAUUGCUUCACCGUCCUCCUACUGUAAAGACGUAACCUGAACACCCAUUAACUUAAGUGAGUGGACAAAAGACUGAAUUCUCAAGACAAACGGCUGGAUUGUCAAUACACAUUAAAUAUUUACUUUUUUUUUUAUAUUGCUGAAGAAAUAGUGUAUUAUGGUCUUUAGAAAGUAGUAAGAAGGCUCUAGAAAUGUAGAAAUGGUAAGACAGGAAAUGCUCCAUAGGUGGGCGUGCAAUGGCUAAGUAUUGAGUCAGUGCAUAAUGAACUGGUGAAAAAGCGGCUCUCUAGGGCUUUGAGUGUGACUCAGCUAGUUGGAACUAGGGAAGGGGGGUGUCCGAUUAGAAAACUGGAUUUAUUCAGAAAAUGAGAACAGGUAAUUACUCUCUAUGGAGAGAAAAUUACUUCAGCAGUGUUUCCUUAAAAUGUAUCGAAUGCAUCACAGCUUCAAGUAGUCCUGCAUUCACAUUGAACAUCCUCAUUUAUCUGGCGUAAGAAGAAAAUAA